GACAGGGUACCCUUGCUCUACCGCCCAGUGGCCCCCACUGCCCACGGAAGCCUUUGAGAGCAACAGUCACCUCUCACUAGCUGUGUGACCCUGGACAAGUCACUCUGCCACCCUGUGCCUCAAUUUCCUCGCCCACAGAAUAGAACUAACAAAACCCUGAUGACAAAAGCGUCGUAAGGAACAACUAACGGUCAGGACGGCUGCUGAUCUAGAAUCUGUCUCUCUUGUUGUGUUCUCGGCCCCAAGAAAGCUUAUUCCAGGUGACACCCACACACCUAGCUGUGUGGUUACAUCAGCUCAAUGCCUCUGCCUGGCGUCCAGGCCCUACCUGUGCUCUGACCCCGCCAUCAGCAUAUGGCCGCUAGUGGCAAGGUCGACUCCCCCUGUGUGAGGCCCCAGCGCCCCACCCUGCACAGGCACAGCCUUAUUUGUUAGUUUAUUCACCCCUUCGUUCCCCAUAUUCAAACGCCCACCUCGGGACCCCCAGCCCUUGUGGCAGGAAGCCUGGGGCAGCAUGUGCCUUCAGCGCCCCUGGCUGGUGUCCCCUUCCCCCUCCGGGCACAUUCCCAGCAGGUGACUCAGACUCUCCCAGUCUAGAGAGGACUCACGGGGAUCCCAGGUGAGCAGGUGAGGAUUGGGGCAGAGAAAAGUGGCCACCUGUGCCUGGGCUCAAGUGUGCACACGUGAGUUAAACGCAGGAAGGCGGCCUGUCUCCUGGGCCCUGGCCCAACCCCCGACCCCAGCCACAGCCGGGGCCGCCGGACGCUGCCGACACAGGCUCACGCUACACUGCCCCCAGCCUGAGCCUGCCCACACCCCACCCUGCAGUCGGGAUCACCCUCCAGGAGCCAGGCCAACUCUCAGGGCCUCGUCUCUGGUCACCAGCCCUAACCCUGCCAGUCUCAUUCUCAGGCGUCCAGAACCACUGUGGCCCCCAGUCCCCUCACUGGCUGGAGGGCUGGGCUCGGGUUCCUGGUGGCCCGGGUCAAUCAGUCCAGCACCUGCUCAUACAACUGCCACCCAGACCCUCGCCCAGCUGUUCGACACCACUCUCUCCACAGCAACUAAUUCCUGCCUCCAGAGGGCUGGUUUUAAGCUCCCUCACCGGACGAGAAAGCGAGGCUCGAGGAGGGGAAGUGACUUGCCCAAGCCCACACAGAAUGGGGGGGGCAGGCGGAGGCAGGGCAGAGCCAGCGGCGCGGCCGUGAGUCAGGGCCCGGCUUGGGCAUGUGACGUCACAGGGGAGGGGAGAGAGGGCUGGGGAGGCGGGAGCAAGAGCUCCGACCCGGGCCACCGGCCGGGGCCAGGCGCCAGGAAGAGGCCCGGUGGGGGUUCCCCGCGCACCCCGACGCGGCUCCGAGACCCCGCGUGCGCCCGCCCAGGGUCUCUUUCGCGGGCGCCAAACAGAGACCUGGGGGUGUCGGUUCGGGGCGGGGCCCGGGCGAGCCCGUCCGCGGUCCCGGGCACGCAGGAAGCGCAUGGGCCGGUUGGGGGGCCCGUCCGCCGUCCCGAGGCUCACCUUGAAGUCGUUGCCGCUGAGAUCUACGCCGCGCACGAACGGCAGACUGACCAUGGCGGAGUUCUCCCAGAAUCGGGGCAAGCGGCGUGACGGCGAGGUGCUGGGCGGUGCUGUGGACUUCCUUCUGGCCAACGCCCGCCUGGUGCUGGGGGUGGGCGGAGCUGCCGUGCUGGGCAUUGCCACCCUGGCUGUGAAGCGGCUCAUUGACAGGGCCACCAGCCCUCGGGAUGAGGACGACGCCAAGCAGGACUCCACGUGCCUGGAGGACAGCUGGCAGGAACUGAGCCUGCUCAAGGCCACACCGCGCCUCCAGCCCCGGCCCCGGCCCGCGGCCCUCAGCCAGCCCGUGCCGCCCCCGGCCCCCUCCCCGCCAGCCCCAGAGGGGCCCGCAGACGCCCCGACGUCGCCUCAGCUCUGCUCCCCAGUGCCGUCGGUGUGCCUGACGUUCCAGGAGAAGCUGCUGGCGUUCGAGCGGGACCACGUGACCAUGCCAGUGGCCCACGUGGCUCUGGCCAAGGAGCUGGCCGGCGACAUUGCCCUGGAGCUGCAGGCGUACCUGCGGAACAAGUUCCCAGAACUGCCCUUCGGGGCGCUCGUGCCUGGCGGGCCGCUCUACGACGGGCUGCAGGCGGGGGCCGCCGACCCCGUGCGUCUCCUGGUGCCCCUGGCGCUGGAGCCUGGCCUGUGGAGCCUGGUGCCCGGUGUGGACACCGUAGCCCGGGACCCUCGCUGCUGGGCCGUGCGCAGGACUCAGCUGGAGUUCCACCCCCGCGGGAGCAGCCCCUGGGACCGCUUCCUGGUGGGCGGCUACCUCUCCUCCCGGGUCCUGCUGGAGCUGGUCCGCAAGGCCCUGACCGCCUCCGUCAACUGGCCAGCCAUCGGCAGCCUCCUCGGGUGCCUGAUCCGGCCGUGCGUGGCCUCGGAGGAACUGCUGCUCGAGGUGCAGCACGAGCGUCUGGACCUCCGCGUGGCCGUGCUCCUGGCCACUGCUGGCGCCCAGGCCGGAGACCUCCUGCUGGCCUGGCCCCUGGAGGGGCUGGCCGGCAACCUCUGGCUGCAGGACUGGUACCCGGCAGAGGCUGCCCAGCUGCGGGCCCUGGAUGAGCGCGACGCUGGGACCCGCCGGCGGCUGCUGCUGUUGCUCUGCGGCGUCUGCCGUGGCCACCCGGCGCUGGGGCGGCUGGGCCGCAGCCCCCUGGCCCAGGUGGUUCUGCACCUGGGCGAGCAGGAAGCGGACUGGGGCGAGGAGGCCCUGGGGGAGCGCUUCCUGCAGGCCCUGGAGUUGCUCAUCGGCAGCCUGGAGCGGGCCAGCCUGCCCUGCCGCUUCAGCCGUGGCGUGAAUCUCCUGGACGGCCUGCGGGAGGAGGACAUCGACGACAUGGGCUGUGCGCUGUACUGGGGCCUGCGGGCCCCCGAGGGGCUGCUCUAGAGGCGUGGGCC